AGCCAACCCAUUUGAAAGUGGCGAUUAGUUCAAAUGGCCCCCUACGAGCGUCAAAUCCGUCAAAAAGUAGGUCAAUAUUUUACCCGUUUGAUACGUGUGUUCAUAUGUUUAGAAAUUUUCAACAGUUUUUCACAUGAAGCGUUCAAUCGACCCAAAAUCUAACCUUAGAAUGGAUUAAACCCCGAAAAUAUGGCAGAUAAACUCGGUCUGGGUAAUGAAGUUCGCGAGUUGAAAAUAGGACAGAGUUUCACCAAUCCCCGGUCUACCGCCUUCCACACCGUCAGGUAUGAUUUUAAACCCGCCUCGGUUGAUACCAACAAGAAAGCGACGCUCGAUGUGGGAGAUAAUCACCAAGUCACGGUAACAGUGCCGCAUUUAGAUGGAUCUGGCACAGCUCAGACAGUAUUCAAAGGCUCCCAAAGACCUUACACUAAGGAAUGCGUCUUGAUAAUAGAUCGUAUCACUGGCGAAAUUACUCUAGAGAAAUUAGCUUGCAAUAUACAAGUUAAAAAAACCCGUAGCGAGUAUAACAAAGCUCCGGUUCCCUUUCCUCAAGAUAGAUUAGGCCAACAAUCGACGUCGAGUGGGGAUAGGAGCUUGUCUCAGCGUUCGGCCACGCCUCCCAUAGGGCAGAGGGUCUCGCACAAGACCAGAGUCGCCUCUGGCCGCAAGUCCGAAAGACCCGUGACCCAAUUAGUGCCUAAACAUUCGCCACUGCGAGCCAGUCCGAACCACCCGUCGCCAAAUACCAUUCCCGGUAACCAGCGGAGUCCCGGUCGGUUACCAUCGUCCAGAGAUAUACACAACGUGAUGGAAAUGCACGGUAAUCCGAGUACCCUUGCCAGCCUCCCGAUGAUAGGCAUGGACGAUUUCGCGGACCCGUUGCCUCCGUCUCAACCGUCUCUCAACAACCGUCUACCAAUAGUGCCGAUCAACAACGGCAAAGUGUCUCCGACGCUCAACCUGAGCGAUAACGAAAAUGGCGUCGGCACUAUCAGCGACUCGUCGUCGUCGAGCAGCGACAGCGAAUCGGACAGCGAUAACGACAAGCCUGCCGCCGAGAGCGCCAAACUUAACGGGUACAGUAAUGGAGGAUUGAAGAUGAACGGCAAUUUGGGCACUCUCGACGAGGACUUGUGCCUGUCUGAAUCUGGAUCGGACUCGGAUUAGCUUCAGAUGAAAGGUUGAAAACGAUACUGCCUUUUGCAAAUGUAAGUGCAACAAUCGACAAAUCGUGGCAAAGUGUUUAUGGUACCGAUAGUUUAAUAAAUAUAUUCGUUACGUAUAUUGUAUGAGAGGUAUAAUUACGGAAAUAAUAAAUACAGUCAAGCAGAUAC